AAAUUUACAUCUCUGCGUAAACUGGAAUGUGAAGGGUGAUGGUUGUUCUCUCGAACCUUCGUCACCAUUCUUCUGGAGGAUCUCGCUGUGUUCCGAACGGCCCAAUUCCAAACCCUAGAUGCUCCUUCUCAGCAAUCCCCCCAAACUGUUGAUGCGAACAACUUCAAUCCAAUGAUUCACAAGCAGCAAAACCUAGCCUCCGGCUUUCAUGAUUCACCGCAACCCCCAACGCUCGAAUCGCUGGUAGAGUACCCCGCCCCACCACCCUCUGUUGAAACCCACCUAGCUCCUUCUGUAAGCAAGGACGACAAGCAGGACACGAGAAGUCAGGCGCCAUGGCUGGACGGACUUGAGAAGCCUCUGGUAUCGGACACUAGCAUUCUGAAGACCCACAGUGGAACCGAUAGAGAUUGCUCGGGAGGGGAGGAGGAGACGAGUAGCCGCAGUCGCCGGCGAAGCCGUUGGGAUACUGAUUCUUUGGAACAGAACGGGAGUGAUGGCACGGGGACUGGAAGGAAGAGGAAGUCCCGGUGGGCCGAGGAUGCACCCCUGCCUGUGGUCCAGCUCCCGGAUUUCAUGAAGGAUUUCACUGCGGACCUUGAUCCCGAGGUACAAUCGCUGAACUUUAGAUUACUUGAGAUCAAUCGCAAGCUCCAGUCAGGGAUUUUCCUAGAUGAUAGGCCUGAAGGUGCUAGGUCACCUUCUCCAGAACCAAUCUAUGACAACAUGGGUAUCAGGAUAAAUACUAGAGAAUAUAGAGCAAGAGGAAAGCUGAUGACAGAGAGACAGGAUAUCAUCUCAAAGCUGAUUCAGAAGAAUCCGGCUUUCCGUCCUCCUGCAGACUAUCGGCCUCCCAAGCUCCAGAAAAAGUUGUAUAUUCCCAUGAAGGAGUAUCCAGGUUAUAAUUUCAUCGGGCUUAUCAUUGGCCCUAGGGGAAACACUCAGAAGAGAAUGGAGAAGGAAACUGGUGCAAAGAUUGUCAUUCGAGGAAAGGGAUCAGUGAAGGAAGGAAGGCUGCAGCAGAAGAGAGAUUUGAAACAUGAUCCUGCGGAGAAUGAGGAUCUUCAUGUAUUGGUUGAAGCCGAAACCCAAGAGGCCCUCGAUAAGGCGGCAGAUAUGGUCGAGAAGCUCCUACAGCCCGUUGAUGAAGUUCUGAAUGAACAUAAGAGGCAGCAGCUUAGAGAACUUGCAGCUCUUAAUGGGACGAUUAGGGAUGAUGAGUUUUGUAGGCUGUGUGGUGAGCCAGGCCACAGGCAGUAUGCUUGCCCAGCUCGCGGUUCAACUUUUAAGAGUGAUGUUCUUUGCAAGAUCUGUGGAGAUGGAGGCCACCCAACCAUUGAUUGCCCGAUGAAGGGGUCUGGGUCUGGAAACAAGAUGGAUGAUGAGUACCUGAACUUCUUAGCUGAACUUGGUGGAUCUGGACCUGAAUCCUUAACAAAGCAAAGCAUAACAUUACCUAUUCAAGCUUCAAAUUCUGGAAACAAUCCUCCCUGGAUUAGUGGUAGUGUUGCUGGGAGUGCUGCAGCUAAUGAGAUCAAGAAGGAUUAUGAUGAAACUAAUUUGUAUAUUGGUUACCUGCCUCCUAACCUUGACGAUCUUAGCUUGAUUAGGCUGUUUGGCUCUUUUGGUGAUAUUGUUAUGGCUAAGGUUAUCAAGGAUAAGAUUACUGGACUUAGUAAAGGCUAUGGUUUUGUGAAAUAUUCAGAUGUGUCCAUGGCUAACCAGGCAAUAUCCAGCAUGCAUGGAUACCAACUGGAAGGGAGGACUAUAGCUGUGAGAGUAGCUGGCAAGCCACCUCAGCCUGUCGUGCCUCCAGGUCCUCCCGCUCCACCUAUAACUCCUACACCGUAUGGAACAACUGGUGGUUAUCCAUUACAUCAACCUUAUAUGGCUGGAACCAUGGGGAAUGCUCAGGCACUACCUCAAGGAAGUUUUGUUGGUGCUCCAGCUCCAGUGGGAACACCAGCUCCACCCCCUUACUCAUCUUACCCCCCUCUGCCACCACCUGGUUCUAGCAUGUAUAAUCUAGUGCCAGGCCAAACUAUAGCUCCUUAUGGAAUGCAGUACCCCCCUCCGCCACCAAUUUCUGCACCACCAUCACCACCUGCACCUCCUGGUUCUACUGAUGCAACUAACAAUACUCCUUCUGGGUUACCAGCACAGAGUACCACUGCAGCCACUCCACCUUUGCCUGCUCCCAUGUAUGUUCCAUAUAGUUCUUCUAGCGCAGGAAUGGUUUCACCUAUUCCUCCGCCAUAUUCAACAACUUAUGGUUACCAACCUUAUUUUACCUCCGUGCCUACUUUACAAGCACCAACUUUUGAUCCCACUCGGAGUGUAGCAAAUGUCCCAUGGGCCUCAAAUCCAGCAGCUCCUCAAUCUGAUUUAAGUGUUUCGAAUGCUCAUUCGGCCAUGGACGAACCAGCUUCUUCUCAACCUGAGGGUGUAUCGAAUUUACCCUGGACUUCAAAUCCAUCUUCUUCUCAGCCUGCUUCAUCUGCAAAUCAGUAUAGCACAGUUAGUGAUGCUGACACUGAGUAUGAGAAGUUUGUUUCUGAGAUGCAUUGAAACCAAUUUUUGGAGAUUCUGUUGUUGUCCUGCAAGGCUUGAGGUUUCUCUGAGCUAGAAUGCGACAUAAGUACUCUUAGCCUUGCUGUUCUGCAGUGUGGAUAAAAUGAGCUGAUUAUAAUUGAUGUUACUGAUAUAUUUGAUUUUCUAGUGCUUAACCAUGCUGUUGAUUGAAUCACAGGACAAUGGACCUGAAUAAAAUGCCUCAUGGAGUCAUCAAUCUAUGGAUCAGAUGAUGUUCCCUUAUUUAUUGGCUAUAUUGUGAAACUAUUUUAAGAAAACUGACAUUUUUGUGUUUUUGUUGUUAUUUUCUAGAACAAGUACAUUGUUUUAGUUUCA